AUGGCGGGUUCUCUGGACGACCAAGAGCAGAGACUGUGGGAUCUGCAGAGAGAGCUGCAAGAAAGCCAGCAGGAGCUCCAGAGGGGACACGAUCGCAACCAGCAGCUUCUCAGGCAGCUGCAAGAUGCCAGGAAGCAAGAUCAGGAGCUACAGGCUCAGCUCUUGGAGGUGAAAAGGAAUCUGGUGAAGCUGCAGGUGGAGAAUGAAGCUCUACUGGAAAUCAAACGACACCAGGCCACUGAGGCUGAGCAGAUCCAGAGGCUGGAGGAGGAAGUGUCCAGGCUGAAAUCUCAGCAUAGUUCAGUCAGUCAGCAGGAUUGGUGUUGGCUCCGGAGGGCACGGGAGGAGCUGAAAGCAAGAGAGGAGGAGUGGAAGAAAGAGAGAUCCUUCUUUCAAGAGCAGCUCAAUGGCGUCAGAGAGGAGCUCCACCGCGCCAACCUCAGGGAAGAAGAGCAUCGGCUGAAAGUGCUGCAGAUUGAUGAACUCCAAAGAGAGGUUGACAAGACACUGGCACUGCUUGAAAAGGAGAGAGAGGAUUGUGUAAAGACCAAGGAGCUGGAACAACUGGGAGAAGAGCAACUCAAGGACAAGCUGGUAGAAGAGCAGUCCACAGUCUCCAGGCUGCAGCACGAGCUUCAGGAAGCAGAGCGUCAGAGGAAUCUCCUGGGCACCAGAGUAGCUGCGCUGAACUGUGACAUCCAGCAGAAAGACUGCAGGCGGCUCGCAGAGCAGGACGAGGUGUCCAGUAGAGAUGACCUGCAGGCCGCUCGGGAGAAUCUGAUCGCUUCACAAGAGGAGCUGGCAGAGCAGAUGCAGCAGGUCAAGUCUAGGGAAGUGGAGGUUGUGCCCCUACAGAAGGAGGUCAGCAGACUUCAGGAGAUCCUGAAACAGAGAGAGGAGGUGAUAGAGAAGAACAAACACAACACGGCACAGCUCCAGCGAGAGACAGACUCCCUUUACAAACAGUGUAAAGUUCAAAAGGACGAGCUGUGUGAUCUGCGAGAGGAGGUGCAGGAACAGAAGGAGAGCCGGGUGAAGGAGGUGCAGGCCCUUAAGGAAGAGCUGCAGAGCACACAAAGUCAUCUGCAGCAGCACAGAGAUAACCUGGAGAGUCUGUGCCGAGAGCUGGAGACGGCCCACAGACAGCAGAGAGACACGGAGGACGAGGUCUCCGGCAGGGUGGCAGCUCUCCGCAGUCAGGAUGCAGAGUUGAUUCAACUAAAGGUAGGUCUACUGGAGGCUGAGAAACUGGCCACAGACGCAGAGGCACGACUGCAACCUCUUAGCGAAUCCCUCGAGCUCUGCAAACACAAGUACCAGGCCUGCCUCAGCAAAAUCGCACAACUAGAGAACACACUGCAUGGCCGCGAGGAGGACCUGAAAGAGGCCCACAGUCAGGUGGCACAGAGGGAAGAGCAGGUCCUCCGUCUGAGGGCUCAGGUUGUAGCUCUGCAGGGAGAUCUGCAGGUACACUGCGCCCAGCUGGAGAGUGGAGACGAUGCCCUUGCCGCACUAAGCCAGCAGCUCCGAGACACGCUGGGAGAGCUGGAGCACAGCCGUAAACACAGCCAGGAAUGUGAGCUGCUCAUCAGCUCUCUCAGAGACACUGCUGCUACCCUUCGCCGACAGGCUGAAGAGCGGGAAGAGAUGGUAGUGAAGACACAGGCUGAUUUUUCCAUCUACCGGGCCACUCACGUUCACUCCGACUCAGACUACGAAUCCCAGCUGUCCCGCGUUCAGGAACUAGAGCACGCGCUGUUCCAGUCGCUGGAGCGCUGCGGUCAGAGCGCCCAGGAGUUGCGGGUCUGCCAGCUGGAGUUGGCACGGCACCGAGAUGCCAGUACGGCAGAGGUGCAGCGUCUGCAGGAGCAGGUGAGAAAGCUCCAGGCGGAUGCAGCGGAUGAGGGCCGGAGACGAGCACAAGUUGAUUCUCUGGAACAGAAGGUUGCUAGUCUGGAAGGAGAACUACUGGCAGCUCAAAGGCAGUGUGACCAGGCUAUCCAAAAGAGAGAUGCCCUACUUAGACAAUCCGAGGCUGAUCUUCUGCAGGCGCGGGAGAAGAUCCGAAGCAAGGCGGCGGAGGCAGAGAGGCAGGCCAUCUAUGCUCGAGGGCUAGAAGCUGAUCUGCAGAGAGCCAAGAAAGAGAAAAGGCAAAGGGAGAAAGAGUGUGCCUCACUCAAAACGCAGAUGCUUCAGCUCAGAGAACAACUGAAGGAGGCUCACGCCACCUGCAGAGACACGGCUCAGGAGCUGACACAGCAGCAGCAGAAAGUGCAGCUGUUGGAGAGAGGUCAGCGUCUGGCUAAGGAGCAGCUCUCAGAGCGUGUGACGGAGGUGGUGCAGGCAGAGAAAGCCCAGAGGAGACUCCAGGCAGAGCUCAAGAGAAUAACAGACAGUCUGGAAAGCACCCAACAGGAGCUGCAGGACUCACGGAGGCUGCUGGAGCGUGUGAAGACAGAGGCCAGCAGCAGCAGACAGGAAGCCGUGAGACUCCAGCAGGAGAAUCAGCAGAUCCAGGAAGAACUGGAUGUCAACAGAGAGACCCUCUCAGCCCUGCAGACUAAGAUGUGUGAACAGGAGAAGCUUCUAAACACACAUCAGGAGCUUGUUUCUGAACUGCAGCUCACCAUCCACAGACUGCAGGAAGAAGAGGUGAACAGCCAGACUCAGCUGCAGCUGUGCAGGAGAGAACUGGAGACCAGAGAUGAGCAAGUGCAGAAACACUACCAAGAGAUGAGCGCUCUGCAGGCUACAGUGUCCAGGCUGAAGCUGGAUCUGGAGCAGGAGCGGGAGAUGUGGCGGCAGGGGAUACGAGAGGCAGCCAAGGCCGAUCAGAGAGGGAGAGAGCUGAGACUGGAGCUCAGCACAGCACAGGCCUCUCAUAAAGAGUAUAUGGAGCUGCUGGCUGAGUACAGUCGAGAGGUGACGGCCCAGAGGAGUGAGCAGGCCCGUCUGCAGCAGUGCCUGAUCCAGCUGACAGAGGAGAGGGAGACUCAGGAGGAGAGAGUCAGACAGAUGAGCGCAGAUCUACAGAGAGCGCACAGUGAGAGCAGGUGCUCUCAGGAGGAGGUUGAGGCUUUGCUCUCACAGAUGGACGCUGUCAAUCAGAAGUACAGCACAGCUGUGUGUGAGGCCGAUGUUUUGCGGCAGUGUUUAGGAGACGCACGGAGUGACAGCUCUCGACUUCACAGGGAAAGCGAGCUCGUCGUGACCAAUGUGAACCAGUGGGUGAAGGAGCAAAAGCACACUAAUGAGAAGCUGGCACUCAAGAUCAAAGACCAGAGCAGGAAGAUCAUCCACCUGACAGCUGAGAGAGAUCACCUUCAGGAGAAUGUGAAGGGUUUACAGGGGGAAAUCAGGAGGCUGAAAGCAGCUGGAUAAAGAGAGAAUGGAAGCAGAGCGACUGAAGUGAAGAAAGAGGAAGAAGAAAGCACUUCCUGACCACCUGCAGCGCAAGUCUGUGCCAGUCAGUGCCUGUGUCUGGAUCGACGUCAAUGGCUACAGAACGGUUUUCAGCAAACCAACUGUCUCUUGGAUCCCUUCUUAAUCACUGACACAAUGAGUUCUAGAAAAACAUGAUUAUCAAAUGAUGGCUGAUAAUUGACCUUACGACAGAUAAAUGACUGACGGCCCAAAUAGCCAAUCAAAUCAAUUCUCUGACUUGUGUCUGUCAAACUGACUGAAUUGUAGACUGCAUGAACAACUAAGCUUCUGAAUGAUCGUCCAAAAGCAAAACAUCUCUAUGUUUGCUCAAAGGAAAGGAAUAGUAGAAUACAGAUUUUUCAAGGUUAAAGGCAGGUGCACAGACCCCAAGUAGUUCAAGCAUGUGAAUUUUGAUCUUUCUGUUGUUAAUGCCAUGCUCUACUGUCUGAGCUUCAGAA